UGCAUGUUCUUGUUUUUAGAAGCAUGAAGUACUAUUGCUUUCUUUUGUAAUUGUCCUGUAGUGAUAAACUAUGAGAUCACGGUUGUGACGGGGGAUGUUUUUGCUGGUGGCACAAAUGCCAAUGUUUUUAUCCAAAUUUACGGAGAUCAAGGAAAGACGGAGGUGCUCCAAAUCGGCAGCAGGUCAAACAACUACGAGAGAGGAGCAACAGACAUAUACAAGAUUGAGGCUAAGGAUGUGGGGAAGAUCUUCAAGAUCCGCGUUAGCAAUGAUGACUCGGGCGUAGGAGCCGGAUGGUACCUGGACCGGGUGGAGAUCAAGCGUCUGAUAAUGGCCAUGGUCCCCAAAGAGAAGAAAGAAGAUAAAAAGAAGAAGAAGAAUAAAAAAAAGAAGAGCGAGGAGGAUGAGGACGAGGAAGGCGGUGGAGAGGAGAUGCGUGAGGUGGUCUUGACCUACUUAUUCCCCUGCGAUCGCUGGCUGGCUUCUGAUGAGGAGGAUGGAGAGAUGGUGGUGGAACUUCUUCCAGAGGACAAUGAGGAGCUGGAGGAAAACACAUAUGAGGUCCACAUCUUCACGGGGAACAUGAUGGGGGCCGGAAGUGAUGCCAACGUGUUCAUCAACAUCUACGGAGAGAACGGAGACACUGGAGAACGACCCUUGAGAAAGUCCAGUCAUCUCAACAAAUUUGAACGCGGACAGGAGGACACGUUCUCCAUCACGGCCGUGGAACUGGGGAUUUUGAAGAAGCUGAGGAUCCGUCACGAUAACAGCAACCAGUCAGCUUGGUACCUAGACAGGGUAGAGAUCGUAGACACUAAAGAUGACACCACGUAUUACUUCCCCUGUAACCGCUGGCUGGCGGUUGAUGAAGAUGACGGUCAGAUUGCGCGAGAGCUCGUUCCUGUGGAUGAGGCCUUCAUGAGGAAGGACGAGGAUGAGGAGGAUUCUGGGGCCACACUGGGUUUGGAGCAGAAAGCAAUGUCGACAACAUACACAUUGAGGAUCAAGACUGGAGAAAAGAAACAUGCUGGAACAGACGCCAAUAUCUUUGCGAUUCUGUAUGGAGAGAAUGAUGACACAGGACUCAUUAACCUGAAAGCCUCUAAAUCGCACAAAAACAAGUUCGAGAAAGGAAUGAUCGAUGAAUUUAUCGUGGAAGCCGUUGAUCUCGGAGAACUCCAGAAACUGAGAAUUGGCCAUGACAACUCAGGAGGGUCGGCUGGAUGGUUCCUGGACUGGGUGGAGAUCGACGCUCCUUCUCAAGGACAGAGGCUUCGUUUCCCAUGUGGCCGCUGGCUGGACACAGGAGAAGACGAUGGAGCUGUUGUCAGAGAUCUGUAUCCAGCGGAGCUACAGACCGAACUUUACACGCCGUUCGUUCCCUACGAGAUCAGCACCUUCACGAGUGACGUGUUCGCCGCGGGGACGGAUGCAGAUGUUUUCAUCGUUCUGUACGGUCAGAAGGGUCUGUGUACGCAGCAGAAGUACCUGUGUGUGAACAAGAGAGAACGCCGCAUGUACUUCGAGAGAUCAGCAGAAGACAUGUUCAUUGUGGAGCUGGAAGACAUAGGGGAUGUCAUAGAGAAGAUCCGCAUCGGACACGAUAACCAAGGGACGAACCCCGGCUGGCAUCUGGACAGAGUGGAAAUCAGAAGACUUUUGAGGAAAGGAAAGGGUUCGGAGACGACCAUCUUUCCGUGUGAACGCUGGCUGGCCAGGUCUGAGGAUGACGGAGAGACGGUGAGAGAGCUGGUGCCGUCAGAGAUCAUCACGGAGAAGCUGCUGAGAGACGGGACGCUCAAACACAGCGAGAUCGAGGUGGAGGAUGCUCUGGAGACUCACACGUAUAAGGUGUCUGUGAGGACGGGGGACAUGCAUGGAGCCGGAACCGAUGCCAACGUGUUCCUGAUCAUCUACGGAGAUCUGGGAGACACCGGAGAACGCAAGCUCAGCAAAUCUGAGAGCAACGGCAACAAGUUUGAGAGAGGAGCUGUCGACAAGUUCAGCAUUGAAGCCGUGGAUCUGGGCCAGGUCUAUAAGAUCCGAAUCCGUCAUGAUAACUCUCUGGCUGGAGCUGACUGGUAUCUGGAUCAGGUGGAGGUGGUGGAUGUGGAGACAGAAGAGGUUUACAUGUUUCUGUGUGAGCGCUGGCUCUCCACUAAGAAAGAGGACAAGCGCAUCCAGAGGACCUUCUUUGUCAAGGGAUACGAGGGUGAGAGGAACCCUCAGAACGCAAAGAAGAACAUGCAGAACUCUAAAGCAGGUCUGGACAGCAACAUGAACAAGAAGAAGAAGAAGAAAAAGGCUGUUAUUAUGGAGGAGGGUCCGAUGAUCCCGUACCACUUCACAGUGUCCACCGGAGACGAUCGUGACGCCAGCACCACCAGUCGGGUUUACGUCAUCAUCAUGGGGCCCAACGAUUUAGAAACGGAGCGACUCUGGCUGGAUCUCACUGAUGGGAAGACGUGCUUCGCUGCGGGAGGAAUGGAGCACUUCAUGUGUUACGGACUAGACGUGGGUGAGAUCAAGAGAGUCGAGUUGGGUCAUAACGGAGCGACUCCCGAGAGCUGCUGGCUGGUGGACGCGCUGUCCGUGGCCGUUCCCACCAAAGGCAUUCAGUACAACUUCCUGUGCAAGUGCUGGCUGGCCAAAGACAGAGGAGACGGUCUGACGGCCCGAGUCUUCAACAUACUGGACGCCACCACCAUCAGCAUCAUCAGGAAGGUGGUUUAUGAAGUGACCGUGGUCACCGGGGACACUCAGAACGCAGGAACGGACACCAACAUCUUCAUCACUGUGUUUGGAGCCAACGGGAGCAUGGAGGAGAUGCUCCUCGCCAAACACGAGGACAGGUUUGAAAGAGGACAGGAAGACACGUUUAACCUGGAGAUCGAUGACAUCGCGCCGCUAAAGAAGCUCCGCGUUCGGAUCGACGCGACAGGAAGUCGACCUGAUUGGUUCCUCGACAAGAUAAUCAUGAGAAACCUGAGCUCGGAGGAGGUGUAUGUUUUCACCUACGAGGAGUGGCUCUCCAAGACCAAAGGACCCAAGAGGACCAAGGUGUGUGAACUUCCUGCGGUCGUGGACGACGAGGAGAUGGUGGAGAAAACCACGUACAGCAUCCAGGUUAAAACCAGUGACCUCACCGCCGCCGGAACAGACGCCAAUGUGUUUCUGAUCGUGUUCGGGGAAAACGGCGACUCGGGAACGCUGGCACUGAGAGAGAGCAGCAACAGGAACAAAUUCGAACGCAAUCAGGUGGACGUUUUCCGUUUCGGGGAUAUUCUGAGUCUGGGCGAGCUGUCCAAGGUCCGAGUGUGGCACGACAACAAGGGUCCGGCUCCUGGAUGGCAUCUGGAGUACGUCGAUGUAAAGGACGAUCUGUUGGAUCAAACCUUUCGCUUUCCCUGCGACCGAUGGCUGGCCAAGAGCGAGGACGAUGGGCAGAUCAUGAGGGAACUGGCAUGUGCCAAUAACGAUAUUCUGGAUCUCAGUGACAAGACCAAAUAUGAAAUUGAGAUCACAACAGCCAACUCUGAAGAUGCCGAGACAAAGGAGAAUGCCUGGAUCAUUCUGGAGGGGAAAAAAGGACGUUCAAAGGAGUUUAUGAUGGAAAACUCAAAGAAGAAGAAGUUUCUACGAGGUGCCACGGAUUCAUUUGAGUUUUCCUCUAAAAAUGUGGGCGAGAUCGUUGGUAUUUGUUUGGGCCAUAUAACGAAGGAGAAGAAGGUGAAGAACGAGUCUUUUUGGCACGUGCAGGAGGUGGUGAUCACGGAGAAAGAGCUGAGAAACAAAUUCUACUUCACAUGCGACGCUCGGAUUCCACUGGCCGCCAAGAAAGACGAGUUCAUGACGUUCGAGUGCACCAAAACCGUGGAGAGCUUCGCCAGCAAAGUGCGCAGUCUGGUUCCCGUCAAAUACGAGAUCAUCGUCAUCACCGGAGACGUGAAGGAUGCCGCCACCGACGCCAACGUCUUCAUCACGCUCUACGGCGUCAACGGAGACUCUGGGAAACGAGCGCUGAAGGGGAAGUACAGGAACCUGUUCGAGAGAGGACGGACAGACCGCUUCCUGCUGGAGAUGCUGGAUCUGGGCGAACUCUUGAGAAUCAGAGUGGAGCACGACGACAAAGGCACUUCGUCCGGAUGGUACCUGGAGUGUGUGGAGGUCACCAACACCGCCAACUGGGUGACCACCAUCUUCGUCUGCGGAAAGUGGCUGGACAGAAACAAAGCAGAUGGGCAAACUCACAGAGUGCUGUAUCCGAAAUAUUAAACACUUUGCAUUUUGGACUAAAGAUGUUUCA